CAAUGCGGCUACAUCAUAUGACUACCACGUCGUGAAAUAAAUUCUGUUUGUCACUAUGAAGAGACAAACAGUUUAAACAAAACGUUCAUAAACUUAUUAUAAUUUAUAAUGUAAUUUAAACGACAAUUUCACUGUCAAAAGAAAUUGAAUAAGCUAAAUUACCAUUUCAACGAUCAAAACAAAGAACAAAACUCACUCUCGGUCAAAGUAUUGUAUUCACGAUGUAUAAAGAUAGAAACUUGAUGAAAUCCUUCGAGGUGGAUGGCAAUUCCGAAGAUGAUUUCGAUUUUUGUAGUACUGAAACUGGUCAAAAAUUUACUAUAAAAUGGAGUCCGACUGAAGACAUUAAGCAAAUAUCUAAGCAUAGAUUUAGCAGCACGAGAAUGCUUAGCAGAUCAGUCCCACGAAGAAAGCGAAGUUUAUUUCAGUACAGAAUAAAUAGGUCGUUGAAUUUUGAAAUUGGUGCGCCUAGGCGUGACACGGUAUUUAAAUCACCCAACUUUGAUUCGGAUGAAAGCCCGAUUUGUAAUGAGAAAUACUUGACUAGAUCGGCCAAAAUAUUACGAUCAUUAAAUAUAAAUUUCAGUCCUUCAAAUAAAAGGACAAAGAAAAUAAAUAAGGCAUUAAAUUUUGACUUAAGUCCAAGUCCGAAAAAAAAUUUCAAUUCAGCUGAGAAUCUUUGCAAAAAAGAAUCGCCAAACUUUGAUUCUAACGUAAACCAAAUUUCAAAGAUCAAUAAAACAUUGAACUUUAGCUCCAGUUCGAACAGUUCUAAUUUGAGUAGCUAUUUAGGUACACCGAUUGAUUCAAUUGAUGAAAAUCAAAAUCAAACUCCGUCUCAUCGAAACAGAAAAGUAAAAAAGUCACUGAACUAUCUCACACCGAGUCCAAAACCUAAUGCAAGCUUGCCCAGGUCUGUAAACAAAACUCCAAUGUCUCGUGAAGAGUUUAUAAACAAUCUCAAACAUAAUGCUGAAACUCCCGAAUUCCGCGUUGCGAAACAGAGUGUGAAGAAAUCAAAUCACUACGACAGAAUGAGCGUCAGCACUCCAAGGAACUUGUUUCAAGAUUUUGAAGACGACGAUAAAGAAAUGAGGCCGACUACACCGGAAAAUAUUGUACAGUUUGUGCCAGAGAGUAUGAGCGCUAUCAAAAAGAGCCACAAAAAGGAACGGCAGAGUAAUCGUUCGGAAAAGUUGUAUGCGCGCCAAUUAAUAGAGCAUUGUAUAAAGACAGAAGAUACAUCAGAAAAUACAUCAGAAAAAUCUAUUAUAUUGUCACACUCGGACGAGAGACCUGCCACUCCAAUUACAAAUGAUUCUUAUCCAAGUCCGAAUUAUAGUGUUAGUUCUAUUAAACAAUCUCACAAGAAAGAUAAGAGCAAAAAAAGAACCAUGACUAACCACUCAGAAGAUGAAAUAUCUGACUCGGGAUCGAUAUUUGAUUACACAGAACUGCAGGAAAACAAACCAAUCGUUGAGAGUGAACUUUUGGAUAGCUCCGAGAAUAAUUUGAGCCCUAUCAGCAAUACCAGCUCAGGUUUCGGAGUAAUCCCAUUUAAGCAGGAGGUCGAACAGAGAUCAAUGUGCCUGGAUAAUUCUAUAGAAGACUUUUCUGAUCACGGUUCACUUUUUGAUUAUUCAGCAACACCCGAAACCACAGGUGAUACAAAACUGGGUAAUUUACCAUACAAAACUGAUGUACAGGAUCAAUCGAGUCACAGUUCCCAAAUUGCAGACAGAGAGCCCCUCAAGUUAUCGUUUGACAAGUUGGAGUUAAUUUCACCUGUGAAAGAUGAGCAAGAGGCGAUACAGUCCUGCAGCAAAGCAGACAACGAGAAUUCUAAGCGACCAGUGACACCUGAGAAUGUGAUUAAUGUCUUGGACCAAAUAAUGACAGAUUCGAUAAAGAAAUCGCAUAAGAAAAUAAAAGAUAAGAAAAAAAAGAUCUUAUUUAAGCCUCAUGCGUCUGUACAAAACUUUCCAGUAGAAUCACCGUCGCCUGAUAAAAGUCAAAAACAUGAAGUGUCAACUGCUACAAGCAAUCUUAAUAAUUCUGAAAGCGUUGUCAGAGCUGGUACACCAGAAAACGUGAAUUCGAGUAGAUUGUUAAUGGGACAAUAUAGCUCUGUGAAAAAGUCGCACAAAAAGAAUAAACACAAAAAAAUUGUUACUGAAUUUGCUAAACGACAGAAAUAUUUUAAUAGUGACACCCAGCAAAAAACUUCCAAUGACCCAUGCCUCAUUAGCGGUAUUGAAACCUUACCCGCAUCUUGUGAUAGUUUUGAAUCCAGUGCAUCGAAGAGACACAAGUCAAUGUCUGAAAAAUCUGUGAUGAUUUCUGCAGCUGUGACUGUAACUGAACCACGCUCUGCUACACCUGAGAAGUUAUUAGCUAUUGAUCGUUCCAUUGAAUUAUCUACAGCUGAUAGAUCACCGUUGGAAAGGUCAACUCCGAAUAAAAGAAAAAAAUCUUUUCUUCUCAACGAGACUGGAAUAAGCAACUCAUCAGGUGAUUCGUGCCAUAUUGAAUCUUCUUCCAUGGAAUAUGAGAGUGCUGAAGAAGAAUUUAAAAUUUUCACACCAAUAAAAAAACGGAGAUCUUUGCUAAACCCGACCGAUUCUGAAAGUAUUCCCAAGACAAGCGCCGAAUUAAACAAAUCAAAUUCUUUGGAAUAUUCAGGGGACAAAAACUUGUCAACAGAAGAUGGAAGCUUUAAAUCUGUGGAAAAUAGUUACGAUACUCCGAAUCACAGGAGAGACUUUGUGGUUAUUACACAGAGUAAUUCUGAGCCUCAAAUUAGUGGUGAAGGUUGCGAUGGUGAAAAUUCAAACGGUCGAUCUACCCCAAAGAAUCGUUCCACCUCAGAAUUAAUUUUUGAUAUUAAUUCGAUUAAAAAAUCCCACAAAAAAGACAAGAAAAAUAGUAGAUUGAGAAGAAGCUUGAAUGUUGAAGAGGAAAAAAAUGAUUUUCAUCUCAUAGAAACUGAAGAAUCAGUUGAAGAUGAAAAACCAUUCGUUAACUUCCAAACUAUAAAACAGAAUGAAUUGAUCUUGGAGAAUGAGUUUGAGAAUCCCAAGCCAUCGACCAGCCUUGGCUGUACUUUGACUACAACCCCUCCAAAUUCUUCAAAAAUAAUAAGCUUUUUAAAGCUACGUCAAGCAGACUCUAUUAAACGAUCUCAUAAGAAAAUUCGCGAACAAAAAAGACUAUGUAUAGUUAAUAAAGAUCCGGACUUGUCAGAUGAUGGAUCGUUAUUCGACAGUAGCGACAGAAUUGACAUAAACGGUGCUAACGACUCGAUUGAUAUUCUGGAUGGUGAAAAUGAAACAAGCUUGAGAACUAAAACUUCACCUGCUAAUUCAAGCAAUGAGGGUGCUCCUGAAGUUCUGGUUCAUACUCCGCCUAAUAAAUCGAAACUGUUGAUACAAAUUGAAUCGAUAAAGAAGUCGCACAAGAAGGAUCGUGGAUUUAAACGCUCAGCCCCGAGUGCAGUAAAUGCAGAACUCUCCGAUGACGGAUCAAUCUUUGAUCCUAACGAAAAACUUGAUGAAUCGGUCAGUGACAUAAAUGAAAUGCAAACCAGCAGAGAAUCUUCGCCAUCAAAUUGAAUUUACAACAGAAGAAAUAUCCCAAUCAAGAUCAGUGCCUUAUCUACGAAUAAAUUUGACAGAAAAUUAUUGUUCUCUUACAUACUUAUACCGUAAUGAAAAAAAGUUUAUAUUAGGAAAUAUCGCAGUUUUCCCCGUUUGUACACUUGUUGUAAUCAGGGUACCGAGUUUCUCCUAAAUUUCAGUUUCGUUAUGGAAAUUUAUGCAAUCGCAAAAAUAUUUGGAUAGUGUGAUUAUUAAUUUUUGUCUUUAUUAAUUAUAAUUAUGUUUAUGUUUAUUCUUAUUUGUUAACAUCAUUGAUGAAAGUAUUCUUGAUACAGCACUUUUGCUCUGUUAGCUCACAAUUAGUUACUUUUUUUUGUCUAAACUUGUCUUGCAAGGUAUUGAUUGACAUUAGAACUUAGCCAAUCACUACCACGCAACAAACCGUAAUGAGAUGAUUGAAUAUUUCCAUCAGUAGUCGCAGGUAUGGUUAGCAUAUUGGAAAACAGUUUGGUGAGUUUGGUGGGAAUUGACAAAUAAUUUAUUAUUGGGCCUGUUCCUGUAUGCCAAACUGCAUCAAUGUGUUAUAAAAGAUAUAUUGUAUUACCAUCAAUGGUUAGGUGCUGGUAGAUUUCACUGAAAUAAUAACUCAAUGGUUCAAUGAAAUCUAUAAUGUUUUUCGAUUCUGCGAUAGGAAAUUAAACUACUAUUUAAUUGUUUAAUGAAUUUUUUGAACCUUUACGAACAUAAAGGACCAGAUGGAAUUCUUACAAAAGCGAGAGCGCAUUUAUGAAAAAUACUUUCUGACCAAUGUCAGAUUUAUAAUUUAAACUAUAUCUUACUCUGUGGCGUCUAUUGAAAGUUACAGUGUAUACAUACAUAUGGAUAUAUAUUGAAUAACUUCCUUGAAUCUUAUAGUAUAUUGAACGUACGUUAAUGUAUACACGCGCAGAUGUAUAAGUAUGUGUAUGAAGCUCGUUACGUACACACAUUUUUUCUGGUGCCGCAUAGUAAAUUUAAGUUCUCAAUAGCGUUAUAAUGGUUAUCGCUCCAUUUAUUAAAAUAUAUUUCAAUGUUACUAAUAUUCAUAUAUACAAUUUUUAGUUAAUUAAAUAGUGUUUAUUUUUCGGAAGAAGUUGCGUUAAAACGUUAAACGUUUCGUUAUUUAAGUUUAACAUUCAUGAUUGUAUUGCAUUAUUUAAACUACGGUUGCUUUUAUGUAUUACGUAAUUCGUCGCAUCGAAUUCUGCAAAGUCCUAGUAUAAUUGUGAUAUGUAAAUAGGUAUUAUAUAAUAUGAAACAAUCCAUAUAUUUUUAUUGUAAGAAAUCGCACUCCGGGGCGACCAGCCGUUGAGUAAUCCCGCAGAUUUUAUUAUUAUUCAAUCAACCGGAAAAUUAUUCUCGUUUUCUUUGUUACCUCGAGAAUGAUUUUUCAGGACAUCAAUAUCAAUGAUUGUGUUAAAAUAAUUAUAUUCUUGCGUCGUUUAACAACGUCUAGUUGCCCGGGUUACCACGGUGGAAAGAAGACAACGUAUAUUGUCUUUUGUGAAUAGCGAUUUUCAAAUUAUUGUUAUACAAAUGGGUCGAGGUAAAUUACUCUAUAGCUAACUGUUGUUAUCAAUUUAAAUAUGAUAUACCGCAUAAUUGAAUUUAACACUCUAUAGAAUCCUAACAUGCGAUAACAAUGUAUAUGUUAAAAUUAAUUAGGAAUCUACGUUUAGGGCGCAUAAACGGCUGAUGACAUUACCUCUAUGUGUAUCUUAUUCUAAAUUUGAAAAUUUGUCGGUUUAAUUUUUAAAGUUUUUAACCUUGUAACGCGUUAGCGAUGUUCAACUAUUGAAAUAGAAAUUUUUCACUUUCAGCUUUUGCACGUUUGCUACCCACUAAUGUCAUCAGCGCGUUGAAAGAUGUGUAACAUAAAAUUCAAUAAAUCUCAAUCGACGGCCGCUCUCUUUCCUUGCCGAUAUCCUAACAAUAUGACAACAUGUAAACGGUGGAGAGUCUAUCAAGGCAUUGCCAGGCGUUGGUUUUUUUUGUUCAUUUUUUUCUUUCUGUAUAAUCAGCGGCACGUUUAUACAAUUCAUGAUCAAGAUCGAACAAACCGUCCAAUUAACUGACUCAAACUCACUUAUAUCUUAUUGUUAGACAAGAGGGCUGAAAGCCCUUACUUACAUAGCUUGCCCUAUUAUCAUCCAAAAUUGGACAAUAUAUUUUUCUGGUCAAGCAAUGACCAUGAGCAUGGUCAUGAAAAAAAAAAACGUGGCGCCUGUAGUUAUCUCAGCGUCAGAAUUAUACGUUUUCGACAAAAUUGAAGAACAUAUUUUUAUUGAUAAAGGUAGACUUCUGAUAAAUAUUGAUCGUUUGAGUGAAAUUUAUUUGUAAAAAUUAGCUGGUAUGUUGUAAUUGGAAGAAAAAAAAUUAUGUGUUAUACUUCUUUAACGUUUGUCGUUCGUAUAACAGUUAAUCGAAUUUCAGUCAACUAAAUGUAUACGAUUAUAUGAUUGUUAAUUAAUUCAGUCGAAAUUCUUGCCAGAUCCGUAAUUGCUUGAACAUAGUAAGGUACCUUGAUCCUACUUUUUAUUUAGAAAUUGGAUUAUCGUUUUAUGAAAUUCAGCGCUACCAAAUUUGUUUGAGGUAAUGGUUUUUUCGCUUUCAAUGCUCAGUAUGUUUCCAAAUUUACCUUCACUGUGAAAACAAUAACUCUGUUUCCUUCACUCAACACGUGACUAUUAGUAAGCUUAAAAACUGGACAAGCACACUGUACAGUCGCGCCCGCUUUACCAUAUCGAAUUUUCCUUCUACAGAUUGCAUUAGAACUAGCCAGUGAGUGUAACCAUACCCAUUGUGCCUGCGUAUAAAGUUGCCCGGCUUUGAUCUGUGAGGGCAGUUGUUGAAAACCAGCCAUAAGCUGCAGCGUUACCUAUACAAUUAUCUCAAAACUAUUGUUGACGAAGAUAUGAUAUUCCUAUAGUGCUCAGAAGGAGUGUAUAAUUAAAUAAAAUUGUUAUGCAAAUAAUAAUGAUUAAAAUGUAUGUUACGAGCAUACAGAGAAUAUUAGAUCUUAUAUUUAUUAUGACGGUUUAGAUAAUCAUCUUGCGUAUUGAGGGUUUUUCACCAUGCGAUCGUCUUCGAGUAAAAUUAUAAUACGGAACAAAAUUCCUCGCAGCAGUGUGAGAGUACUGUUAUUUUGUCAAAAAGACUGACUACGCAAGUACACGGAUUGUAUUUAUUACU